ACUCCCUCUCGUUCUCUCUCUCGCUCCCUCUCCUCUCUCUCUCUUGCUCCCUCUCGUUCUCUCUCUCUCACUCUUUCACCCUCCACUUUCUCAUUCUUUUUCUCUUGCCUCGUACUUCUUUCCUCCCUCCCACCCUCGGUUUAUUUUCCUCGUUUUCCAUCUGCCUUUAAUUUACACUCCUUGUCUUGACUCUCUUCCUUCACCAUCCUUUUCCUUUUAUUCCCUUUUCCCCAUAUCCCCUCUGCCAUUUUCCACAGCGAGAUAUAAACUGGUUUCUUCUCCUGUCACCCUCCCCUCUCUCCCCUUUCCUUUAUUUCUCUGUCCUUUACCUUACUCUUCGAUGUCUUUCUUUGUGUUCUGCUCCUGAUAUUUGUUGCUGUUCUUUCCCAGCUUUCUCUCUGUCUCUCACCCUCCCCUUCUCCCCUCUCAUCCACUCGCCCAGCUCUGUUUAGUACUACACCCACUGAAACCACAGCCGUUUUUUCCCUGGCCUCAGAUGCUGGCAGUUUGCUAGAGUAUGACAGCACACUCUCUCUCCACCCCCUUGCAGCUCUCAGCUCUUGAAGCUGUUUUGAUAUUGGGCUACGAUCUUUCCUUCUCGCUGCCUCUCUCUGUCUGAACCUUCACAGUCCUGAGGCUUGUUUGGAAGUAACUUGAAACUCUUUAAAUGGCUGACUCCCCCUUGAAUAACUCCUGGCCUGCCUUUUCUAAAUUCUGGAUGAAACGAUGGUCAUUUAAGAAAGAAUGCAAGCAGUGUCCGCACACAUUUCCCCAGGUUCCGGAGAGCUCGCCCCCAGCCUGUGCCAACGUGGAAACACGGUCAAACUCACUCAGUGAGGUGGAGGAGAUGUACUUCAACAGGAUGGCUGAGGACAAGGAUGGUGCCUUCCUGGAUUAUGAUGACUCUGCGACAGAUGCCACCAGCAGCACAGAGGAUAUUCCCUCAUUGGAACCGUCUUUGCAAGGAUCAACAUCCUUUGGAGAACUCGGACUUCGUCACUAUCCAGAGGCUAGCAGUUCAGUAGAUGUUAGCAGAACAGAGAAGGGUUCAACGUGCCUAACGCAACUCGGUAACGUUGGGAAAGCAAAAACGUUCCCACAACUUACAGCCUCCUGUCCUUCGCAAGAAGCUAUGGAAACCAACAAUUAUUUCACGUACCAAGAGAGUGGGGAAUGCAAUCUGAAAGACAGAACAGAGGAAGAUCAAAAUGACAAUGGAUCUGAUCCUGAGAAUGUGAUGGACGAUGAGGAUCAGGAUUCAUUGCCUUUGUUGAUCAGGUCCAUGUCCAGCUCCAGAAGGCACAGUUGGGAAGGACCUUUAUCCCCUUCAAUUUAUGGAGAUUCAAGGAGAAGGCUCAGCCUCGAUGUUUUGGGAAUCGACAGUGAUGCUGAAGGUGACAGAGAAGACGAAGAUCAGUUAGAAUCCUCACAGGACGCCUCAGCCUACGAAUUACUAGAAACCGAUAUCACUGUUGCAGACAACACAGAGGACAACAGGCAAGCAACUGGAAUUCAAGGGAAGAUCGGCAGAAUCUUACCUGAGGAUGUUAUGACUGAGCAGGAGAUUCAGAGAACAAAAAUGCGGCCACGGCUGGAUGCGGGAUGUUCCUAUAACUUCAAAGGGUUUCCGAGUCGCUCUUCCCAGUCCAGAGCAGCAGGAUCUGAAACUUCUCCAAAGAAUGAAGAGGAGAAAGAAAAUCUGGAGCCUGACCACUUGUUGGUUCAACAAGUGCUGCAGGAACUGAAGGCCUAUCAUGGACAGUGCAACAAUGCAGCAAGCAGUGCAAGAGCAGGAUCAGGAUCUGCACAGCUUCACCAUUCUGCCUCCUCACAUGAUCUCACUUGGAUGGAAUUUCUUGCUGAGAAAGAAGAUGAUGACAAAACUGAUCGACCCGAGAAAGGCACGAAGGUGAAGAGGACGUUAAGUUCCCUCAAGAGCAGGAUGACUGGCUCCUUCAAGGAUAAGGGUAAGACCAAAGAGAAAGAAAAGGAGAGUCCAAAAGAAAAGAGAAAGUUUAACAAUGGCCACGAGUUAGUGCUUGGAACCUUUUCCAGCUCCACCAACUGCACGCUGUGCAGUAAACCGCUGAGCAGUAGAACCGGUUAUCAGUGUGUGAACUGUGCUGUGAAUGUACACAAAAACUGCAGGAAUCUUCUAGCUGAAUGCAGUACUUCCAAGAGCAAGCUAAAAGAUUCCCAGCAAAAACUUACAGGAAGUCCACAGAGCACAACCCAACACGUAUCUUCGGUGAGGGAACAGCCACGGUGUGCACAAGUGGUCACGGAUGGCAUGCCUGGCACAGUGCGGAAUAUCGGCAUGACCAUUCCACCAAGACGACCUUCCCAACCUUCUUCAUCCAGUGCUAGCAGUAUCAGCAGUCACGGAGUAACUGCAGGGGAGAUGGAACAGGAGGUGGAGAAUGGAAUCACAAGAGGUAAACCAUGCACUGAAGAAUCUCUAAGUCUGGUUUCAUCAUCUGAGUCCCUUGUGGCAGAAGAUACCAUUUACGCCUCUCUGAAGGCAGAAUUGGAGGUAGAUGGCCAAGAGUUUGAAGCUGAAUCGUGGAGUCUUGCUGUCGACCAGGCGUAUGCAAAGAAACAAAGUAAGGAAGUCAUCAAAAGGCAAGAUGUGAUUUACGAACUAAUGCAGACGGAGAUGCAUCAUGUCCGAACUCUGAAAAUUAUGCUGUAUGUGUACUGCCGGGGAAUGGAGGAGGAGCUUCAGUUGAGCGACCAGCGUAUUGUGAACAGAAUUUUUCCCUGCUUGCGCCGGUUACUGGAGAUCCACAAGUGUUUCUUUGCUCGGUUGAAGGAACGACGGAAAAGUUCUUUGGAGGAAGGGAGUGAACGGAAUUACCUCAUCCAGAGAAUUGGGGAUGUCCUCACGCAACAGUUUUCAGGUGAAUGUGGAGAUGAAAUGAAAGUGCAGUAUGGGAACUUCUGUUGUCAGCACAAUGAGGCAGUGAAUUGUUACAAAGUAAUGUAUCAGCAGAAUAAGAAGUUUCAGAACUUGAUCAAGAAAUUAAGUAACUAUUCUGUGGUGAGACGCCUUGGGGUGCAGGAGUGCAUUUUGUUAGUCACUCAACGUAUUACAAAGUACCCUGUGUUAGUGGAGAGGAUUAUUCAAAAUACUGAAGCUGGCUCAGAGGAUCAUGAAGAGCUGACCACGGCAUUGGUCCUAAUAAAGGACACUAUAACAGAAGUAGAUGAGAAAGUGAGUCUGUACGAGAAAGCUCUCCGAUGGAAGACGAUUGUGGAUAGGAUGGAUAUUAAGUCGACAGCCAAGCUCAAGAACGGAAGCAUCUUCGAUAAAAUCAACAUGAUGCGAACAAAGAGAAGACUCUUAUAUGAAGGAGUAGUCUGCUGGAAGGCAGCGUCUGGGCGGCUAAAAGACAUUCUGGCUGUCCUUUUGACAGAUGUGAUUCUGUUACUUCAAGAAAAGGAUCAGAAAUAUUUGUUUGCCACUGUGGACCAGAAGCCAGCUGGCAUUUCACUGCACAAGCUGAUCGUCAGGGAAGUAGCCAAUGAAGAGAAAGGAAUGUUCCUCAUCAGUGCUUCUGACGAGGGCCCUGAGAUGUACGAAAUCCACACCAAUUCCAAGGAGGAGCGCAACACCUGGAUGGCAGUUAUUCGGGAUGCAAUAUGCAGGUACCCAAUGGAAGAGGCCACAGUCCUUGGUGAGCAAGAGGAGGAAUGGAGACAGGAUGAGGGUCGAGUUGCCCGAAUCAAAGAAUUGCAACAGCUUCUGACUGCAAAGGAUGACGUGCUGAAGCGGACCCUGGCUGAGAAGUUGGAUAUUUACAGUGAAAUAGCUGAAGUCAGUGGUUACCUGGAUACAGGAAGACAGCGAUCACUGCUUCGAGCUGACACUGUGGAGUCUCAGCGGGGAGAUAUUGUGUUCACUGAGGUGUUGAAAGAAGUUGAAAAACUUCAGAGCCUUAUUGCCUGUCAGCCCAGCAACAUAAACUGGCAGUUAGAAGACAACUUGGGGUCCUCAGGGCUGCCACGGCGAGCAGAGACAUUUGGAGGCUACGACAGCAGCUUGGCCAGUCCCAGCAAAGAGGGCUCCAUCAAACGAAAGUCAAACACACUGUCUUCCAGCAUUGAGCUGAAGAUGAGGGAAAGAGCUGGAGCUCGGGCAAGUUCUGAUUCCCAACUGCUGGACCUGUCCAUGGAGGCUGAGAGUGGACAGAGUGACCUAUCUCGCUGGUACAGCAGUAGCAGCAGUGUCAGCUUGUGUGAUUCAGAGUUUGUUCAGAGUGUGCAGAGGCUGACAGAUCUGCUCUACAAGCUGAAGGUUAUGAUUGCCCAGCAGGACAGUUUUAUUGAGAUGCAGCGCAGCAUGAGUGCAAGCUGGGAGCGGGACAGACAGUACCGACCUGCACUGAGUUCCUCACGGGGAAGCCAGCUCCUGGAGCAAGAAAAGCAACGGAACUUUGAGAAGCAGCGUGAAGAGCGAGCAAAUUUUCAGAAGCUGCAGAACCAGGUGCGGCAGGAGCAGCAGAAGUGGGAGCGGGAACGUGAUCGCCAGAGACGGGAGCUGGAACUACAGGAGGCUCGGCUCCAAGAGCGCGAGGAGGACUUGCAAAGGUUGACAGAGCAGGUGACUCAGAACAAGGAGGAACUGGAACGACAUCGGCAGGAGUACCAGCAGGAUCUGGAACGGCUCCGAGAGUCCCAGCGAACAGUAGAGAAGGAGAGGGAGCGCCUUGAACAGCAACAGCGCAAGCAUCUGAAGCAGAACCCAGUCCUGGUUUCAUCUGAAGUUGGACAGAUUCCAGGCUUCCCUCACUCUCACAGCCUUGACGGAGACCGAAUGGAAGUAUGUCUCUUACCACCAGGUGAGGCAGGAUUGACCCUGCAUGGUUUGAAGGACCUUGGGCAGCCAGGCAUAUUGGUGGAACAUUCUGAGCGAUCUACUGAAAUCCAGCUUCAAAGGGAGAACAGCACAGUCUCAAUGUUUGCACGUACCCCUGAGAUUCGACAAUCCCUUAUUCCAAAAGCCAAUGUGCCCAUUCAUCUCGUCAGCACCACUAAUGAAAGUUUGAAGCACACUGGAGUGCAACAGAAAAUCCCCACAAAACUCGCCACCUUAAAAGGAGGAAAAGAGAAGGGUGGAAAAGGCAAGGACCGACAAUCAGUCAUUGUCAUACCGUCUUCAUUAGUGCCAUCUACAUCAGGAUCAGUUACUGCAGACUUCAGACAAAACAAUCCAACAAGCAUUUUUGCAAAAGAUAAUGCAGUACUGAAAGGCAGGAGGUCUUCAAGCCCUGUGAUAUCAAGCCUCCAAAGUCUCCCUCAUCAAGAACCUGUGGUUCCAAUGGACAUACAGCUUGAGCCACAGUCAAACACGAUGCCAAGUGGAAGAUCUCAGCUCCAGAAUGCACCCGUUGCCACGGCGACAAAGCAGCCGCCCAGUGGACAGGAUGAAUCUGGCAACGAGAUCAUUUUCUUCUGAAUCACGAGGGACAUAAGCAAAAGAGAUCACAGCCACUGGAUAGCCUGCAAAACCCAGGAAAAUCCCAAAAUAACUUUGGGGGUGAAGGGUGGGAAGGGACGGAAUGGAGGGGUAUCAGUACUGAUCACAGGGACAGCUACUGCUUGAAACGCGUCGAUGGUCCCAGGCUAGUGCUUCUGAAUCGAGAUGGUGCCAGAGACCUGACUGCAUUGUGAAUACCAGCAGCAGGUCUACAUGUUUGAAAAGGGUGACCAAUUUUAAAACCUGCUUUUGAUAUUUUAUGCAUGGCUUUCCACUCAUUAUCAGGAGAUAUAACUGAAUCAAGAAUUUUAACCAGGAAGAUGCUGUUUUGAACUCUAAGCCACCCUCCCUGUGCGACAAAUGUCUUAGUGCGGAUCAUGGUUGGACACAGUGGUUAUGUAACGAGUGGUUUGGGAAUGCAAACAUUCACCAACUGAGACAGCAGCUUAAACUGUUAAACUUCCACCCCUCCUGGGAAUGGUACAGAGGGAGCAAUGUCGGCAAUGGUCCAGUGAAACCUCCUUAUGCCAGGAAUCAGGAACGUCACCUUAACAUUUAUAAUUUUUAAUGAAUCUGUGACUUUCUUAAAAGUUUUUUUUAAAUACACUCUAAUGGAAUUUUAUUCAUUGUUUCACAGUCUAAGCAAAAUGCAGUAGGGAAUGUGAAAGGUUUGGAUUGAAAUGAUUUCCUUUGAUGGGCAUCCCCAAGUAUUGUCUGGUAAUUAAUCCAAUUAUUUUGUAACUAUUUCUGUUGCAGUAUUUGCAUCAGUGGUUGGUGAUGUUUUGGGGGAAGGACUUGAGUGCAGAUCCAUUGUUAUGUGGGGUGCAGUUGCAAGGACCUUGUGCUAAAGUUAGUGAUUGGCUGUGGUUUUGCCCUGGACCAAAGAGAAAGAGACAAGUUGGACGUAAUAUUCCUCCAUCUGGAGUGAGAAGGCCAACUAUAGUCUGGGUCGCACAUGGACUGACUGUGUUAAACUUGGAUUUCUGUACAUUGCAAUUUUGCCAAAACACCCAUGUUGUCCAAGGUAUAUGAAUGGCUUCUCUCGCAAAUAUUUAAGCUUCUUUAAAGCUGUUUUUUGGUUGGAGCCAUUCUUGGACCCUUGUGGAAACUGGAUACUGUGGACCCUGGCCAGCGCACCAGCUCCUCCUGAACCUUUGAAUGAGCAGACUAUGGCCAGCUAUGACUGCAACCACCCUGCUUUUCACAUGAGAUGGAGGUGCAGUGGAGAAAAGAAUUGGUGCUGUCAAAAAUAGAAGAGCACGUGUCAGUCCUUUAUAUCUCAGAGCUGUAGCUUUUGAUGCAGCAGUCACAUCCAGGUCUUAAAUUUAUUCUAGGUGCUAACAAGCAUUCAUUAUCGAUUAGAUGGGAGUCUCUUAGCAACUGAAGUAGUUGGAAAAAUAAAGUGCAAAGCAAAAAUAAUUGGAAGAAUUGUUUAGAUGACCAAACUAGCCCCUUGUUUUUUCAGUAGGUGUUGAACCUCAAGGCUGUUUAGGUUUGGGUAUUUCUAAGUUAAUAGAUUAGCUAUAACUAAUUCCACCCACCAAAGAUUUCCACCAUAGUUCUGAUAACUGCCAUUCCUGGCAUGAAUCUGUGUAUUUUAUUCUUCUGAGUUGUGAAAAAGUGUCAGCAGCUUUCCUGAUGGCAUCCUCAUUGUGUCAGCAUAGGUUAUUCCACUACUGAGACUGUCCUGACCUUGGUCUGAUGUCUACAUUUUUACAUUGUGUAACAGGUCACUUAAAUUUACUGAUGUAAUUUAUGUUGAAGGUAGUUAUUGUGCUCUCUCUGGCUGAGACUGGUUUAUGGCACAGACCUGCAGAUCAAACUAACAUCUCCUGUCUUGGUUUGGCCCUAUUGCCAUUUAAAUUUACCAUUUGUUUGCACUCAGGUCUACUUGGGGAGAAAGCCCAGGUCAGUUUAAUGUGGUGAGAGAAUAUCUGUUUUAUCUGAGUGUCAAUUGAUGAAUGCAGAACAGAGUUUGAAAUCAAAACCAAACUGGCGGGAGAUAUGCUAACAUCAUGUGCUCAUGGGCUGUUACACACUUGUAUAUGUGCCCAUACAGUACAUCUUUAAUUCAUUUGCACAUAAUGUUAACUUAUAUUUCAGGGAACAGGCACACUCUGUCUUUAGAUUGCUAUCGACCAGUACUCCUCACAUGUCUGAUCGUAUACUUUCAAUGGAUGCCUUCAUAUCAGCCCACCCACCUAAGGGGACUGGAGGAUCAUUCCUCUGGGAGAAUACUGUUUGCUUGAAGGUGCACUCUUCAUGUACUGUUGGUGUCUUGUGAUUCUAAUACACAAUGGCUUUCUCUUUAUUUUGUGUUACACCAUGGCUUUCUCUUUAUCUCUGGCUAUAAAUCUCCACAUUGUAAGAAAGGAGAUGGUUGUGCUGGCACCCAGAGUGGAUCAAGUCUGCUUGAUAACCAACUUGGUUAUGAUUUUGCAGAGGAUGCACUGUUGAACAGGAAGUGUCGGUUUUUUGACAGGAUAAGCCCCUACUUCUAAUCUGAGCAUGUAUGCACGUCCUUUUGUUGAAGGUUACUCGUAAUAGUAUUUGGUGUAUGCAGGUUUAAACCAAAUUUCACCCUUGUCCAAUUCGACACUCAGCUGAUCCAGUUACCAGUAAAGAAUCAUAAUUGUCAAUGAUCAUAAUUAGAGAAUAGUUUGAGAACACCCUACUUUGUUUUUGAAUUAUUGCAUUCUAUUUGGGGGAAAAUACAUACUUUUUGGCAAGUUAAAGAAUCUUGAAGGUAUUGAAAGCAUUAACCACUAAAAUAUCUUACACUUGUAAUUUUUGAGCGGGUUUUUCACCAAUUUGCACUUAAGGAUUUUUUUUUCAUUUGUUUAUAGUUGGUUAUUCUGUAAAAUGUUUUAGCAAUUAAUUUUUAAAGUCAUAGAGCACUUUAAUGCACUCUGUAAUUAAAGAGUUACUGUAUUUUGGUCUAAAGUGGCAAUCGGAGACCUAAUAGAAAAUCACAAACAUUCCACUGAUAGGUGUUAUCAUUUGACUACUGCCUGAUCACAUGACUUCCCUUGGUCAUGUAAUAGGGUAAUACAUGAAUGAAGUCCAUAUCCUUUAAUAGAUCUGCAAUAUUCUUGAUCUUGCUUGAGGCUGAGGGUUUGCCCCUUUGAGUCUUCGGCCAGUAGGAACCUGAGUCUCUCCGUACCAGUUGACAUGGGCAGAAUGUGAGAGGUUUGAGCCUGGGGAAUACUUGGAAGCAGCAAACCCUCCCAAUGCCUCUUGAUGUGUUUCUCUUUGUACUCCCUGAUUGUGUCCUAAUGUGUUGCCAAGUUUGAGUCCAUUGGAAGAGGUGACAUGGCAACAGGUGUUCCAGUGUUUAAUUAUGUCCUCAAAAAUGUCAUAGAUACCCAUAUGUCAGACAAUGAUGCU